CCCCCCCACCCCCGGCCAUGGCUUGCAGCCUGAAGGACGAGCUGCUGUGCUCCAUCUGCCUGAGCAUCUACCAGGACCCGGUGAGCUUCGGCUGCGAGCACUACUUCUGCCGGCGGUGCAUCACCGAGCACUGGGUGCGCCAGGAGCCCCAGGGCGCCCGGGACUGCCCCGAGUGCCGGCGCACCUUCGCCGAGCCCACCCUGGCGCCCAGCCUCAAGCUGGCCAACAUCGUGGAGCGCUACAGCGCCUUCCCCCUGGACGCCAUCCUGGGGGCCCAGCGCAGCCCCUUCCCCUGCAAGGACCACGAGAAGGUCAAGCUCUUCUGCCUCACCGACCGCGCCGUCGUCUGCUUCUUCUGCGACGAGCCCGCCGUGCACGAGCAGCACCAGGUCACCAACGUGGACGAUGCCUUCGAGGAGCUGCAGCGGGAGCUGAAGGAGCAGCUCCAGGGCCUGCAGGAGAGCGAGCGAGGCCACACCGAGGCCCUGCACCUCCUCAAGCGGCAGCUGGCAGAGACCAAGUCGUCGGCCAAGAGCCUGCGGGCGACCAUCGGGGAGGCCUUUGAGCGGCUGCACCGGCUGCUGCGGGAGCGGCAGAAGGCGAUGCUGGAGGAGCUGGAGGCGGACACGGCGCGGACGCUGACCGACAUCGAGCAGAAGAUCCAGCGCUACAGCCAGCAGCUGCGCAAGGUGCAGGAGGGCAGCCAGAUCCUGCAGGAGCGCCUGGCCGAGGCCGACAAGCACGCCUUCCUGGCCGGCGUCGCCUCCUUGUCCGAGAGGCUCAAGGGGAAGAUCCACGAGACCAACCUCACCUACGAGGACUUUCCUACCUCCAAGUACAUGGGCCCGCUGCAGUACACCAUCUGGAAGUCUCUCUUCCAGGACAUCCACCCGGUGCCGGCGGCGCUGACGCUGGACCCCGGCACAGCCCACCAGCGCCUCAUCCUCUCCGACGACUGCACCAUCGUGGCUUACGGCAACCUGCACCCGCAGCCGCUGCAGGACUCGCCCCGGCGCUUCGACGUGGAGGUGUCGGUGCUGGGCGCGGAGGCUUUUGGCGGCGGCGUGCACUACUGGGAGGUGGUGGUGUCCGAGAAGACGCAGUGGAUGAUCGGGCUGGCGCACGAGGCCGUCACCCGCAAGGGCAGCAUCCAGAUCCAGCCCAGCCGGGGCUUUUACUGCAUCGUCAUGCACGACGGGAACCAGUACAGCGCCUGCACCGAGCCCUGGACCCGGCUCAACGUCAAGAGCAAGCUGGAGAAGGUGGGCGUCUUCCUGGACUAUGACAAGGGGCUGCUCAUCUUCUACAACGCCGACGACAUGUCCUGGCUCUACACCUUCCGGGAGAAGUUCCCUGGCAAGCUCUGCUCCUACUUCAGCCCCGGGCAGAGCCACGCCAACGGCAAGAACGUCCAGCCCCUGCGCAUCAACACUGUCCGCAUCUAGCGGGGUCUGCGCCCCACCGGGACCCCCGAGGAUGGGCACGAGCCUGGGGCGGUGGCUGCGGGACGGGGGACGCUGCCCUGCCCGCGGGGUGCAGCAGCGCUCACCCGGGCUGCCUGGGCAGGAGAGGGCUCGCACUGCCCCGCCGGGGCCGGAUCCUGCCUGGCAUCACCCACCCUCAACCCCGAGCUGACUCCGGGCACCGGGCAGGAUGCAGCCGGUGUCCCCCCGUCCUGUGCUUCCACACGCGGCCCUGCGGGUCCGUCCCUGCCCCGGCCACUGCAAUAAAAGGUGGAUUUGGAGCAAA